CCGAACACUGCGUCCAUGUGUAGUGCCGUCCGCAUCUUGUGCACUCAUGCCUAUUCUUGCCCGUCUAGGCUUCGAUCAGAUUGCGCCUGCCAUAGUAGCUCCUCAAACGAGUAUCGGCUGUGCAGCAGGUUCGAUGUUACUCCUUGUACGUUCGCCGCCUCUCGUCGACCACUACUAACCGACCUGCCAUCCGCCCUCCUCGCUCCUUCGCAAGAGACAGCAGUGACACGCUAUGGCACUCGGUUCCUCCCUCCUGACCACCGUCCUCCUCGCGCUUGUCGUCGCCGCGAGCCCGGUACAGGUUAACAAGCCCCUCGUUUCCCUGCCCUUGGUGCGCCGUACGAACAGCACAGGCCUCUCCAACUUGCUCGCGCACGACCAGGCGAGGGCCCGUAACCUCAAGGAGCGCGCCCGGGCCAAGCUUGAGGGCCGCGCUGCAAGCGUGGAGGCGACCAACGCCGUUGACACCUACGUCGUCAGCGUAAACUCCCUCCUGGUCGACACCGGCUCCUCCAACACUUGGCUCGGUGCUGGCACGUCGUACACCAAGACCUCUACUAGCACAGACACCGGCGAGUCGGUCUCCGUUUCCUACGGCUCGGGCAGCUUCUCCGGCGAAGAGUACACGGACACUGUUACGCUCGGUGACGGGCUGACCAUCACCGAUCAGUCCAUUGGCGUCGCCAGCUCGACCGACGGCUUCUCCGGCGUCGAUGGUAUCCUUGGUGUUGGGCCCGUCGACCUGACUGAAGGUACUCUCGGGGACUCUUACGCCACUAUCCCCACUGUCACGGACAACUUGUACUCGCAGGGCACCAUCUCCACGGAGGUCCUCGCGGUCUCCUUCGCGCCGGCUACCUCUGAGAGCGACGCCAACGGCGAACUCACCUUCGGUGGCACCGACUCCUCCAAGUACACCGGCUCGAUCAACUACGUUCCGCUCACGUCUACCUCCCCCGCAAGCGAGUACUGGGGCAUCGACCAGUCCAUCAGCUAUGGAUCCAAGUCGAUCCUGAGCAGCACCGCCGGCAUCGUCGACACCGGCACCACCCUCGUCCUGAUCGCUAGCGGUAAGCGGCUCUUCACUGAACGUGAGCGACGCGUACAGCAAGUACAAGUCUGCCGUGGGUGGGAAAGAGGACGAGAGCACCGGUCUCCUCCGCAUCUCGAGCUCGCAACGACGUAUGGCCUGACGGCGAACGCGCAGAUCUGGCCGCGCUCGCUGAACUCCGCGAUCGGCGGCAGCUCGGGCGACAUCUACCUCGUCGUGGGCGACAUCGGGAGCGAUUCUGGCGAGGGCCUCGACUUCAUCAACGGCUACGCGUUCCUCGAGCGCUUCUACUCUGUCUUCGACACCACCAACGCGCAGGUCGGCUUCGCGGAGACGCAGUAUACGAGCGCGACCAGCAACUGAGUCUGCUCGACGGACUCGGAGUGGACCGUUGGGUGGAGGCGAGCGGAGGGGGAGUGUGUUAACGUUGGUGCUGUCGGAUGAACUGGGGGAUAUUGAAGUCUGUAAUGCUCUGUACGUUCUUGGGCGAACUGGGGAACAAUGGUCAUCGUGUUGGGUUGACGUACCUAUGAGGAGCGUUAGUUGCCUGAGUGACACGACUGUAUCUCCGCGCUGUGGUUUUGUAGGCCUGCUGACUCCCAGCUGAGCGACAAACAUGCGAUGGUUUGACUGGGUGAUAUUA